AUGGCUGUUACCCUGCAGCCCAGUGACCUGAUCUUUGAGUUUGCAAGCAACGGGAUGGAUGAUAUCCACCAGCUAGAAGACCCCUCAGUGUUCCCAGCUGUGAUCGUGGAGCAGGUACCCUACCCCGAAUUACUGCAUCUGUACUCAGGACUGGAGCUGGACGACGUUCACAAUGGCAUCAUAACGGACGGGACCUUGUGCAUGACGCAGGAUCAGAUCCUGGAGGGCAGUUUUUUGCUGGCAGACAACAACGAGGCCACCUCACACACCAUGUCAACCACUGAAGUCUUGCUCAAUGUCGAAUCUCCCAACAACAUCCUGGAUGAGAAGCAGAUCUUGAGCACCUCGGAAAUGUUUCCAGACUCGGACCCUGUGCCAGCCGUCACUCUGCCCAACUACCUGUUUCCUGCCUCUGAGCCCAAUGCCCUGGAGGGGCAUUCCCUGGAGAAUGUCCCCAUAGAGGAAAGUGCCAAGAAGUCUGGGAAAUCAAAGAAGAGAAUCCGGAAGACAAAGGGCAACCGAAGUACCUCACCUAUCACUGACCCCAGCGUCCCCAUUCGGAAGAAAUCAAAGGACGGCAAAGGCAACACCAUCUAUUUGUGGGAGUUCCUCCUGGCGCUGCUGCAAGACAGAAACACCUGUCCCAAGUACAUCAAGUGGACCCAGCGAGAGAAGGGCAUCUUCAAGCUGGUGGACUCCAAAGCUGUGUCCAAGCUGUGGGGGAAGCAGAAAAACAAGCCUGACAUGAACUAUGAGACGAUGGGGCGGGCACUGAGGUAUUACUACCAAAGAGGCAUCCUGGCCAAAGUGGAAGGGCAGAGGCUGGUGUACCAGUUUAAGGAGAUGCCCAAGGACCUGGUGGUGAUUGAAGAUGAGGACGAGAGCAGUGAAGCCACAGCAGCCCCCACUCAGGCCUCCACUUCUUCCAUGGCCUCCGCCAGCACCACUUGGCGAGCCAACUCCAGGGUCCCGUCCAGGGCUGCCCCCCAGGGCAAGGACGGCUCUCCCUGGGAGAAGCCGAAGGUUGAGCAUGUCGGUCUGCAGCCAUCUUCGAGUCUGGAAUUAGGACUGUGUCUUGACGAGGAGAUCCCCACUACCUCCACCAUGCUUGUCUCUCCACCAGAGAGCCAGGCCAAACUCACCACAGCUGUGAGCACUUCUUCAGUGCCCAGCAACAUCCACCUAGGAGUGGCCCCUGUGGGCUCAGGCUCGGCCUUGACCCUGCAGACGAUCCCGCUGACCGCAGUGCUGACCAACGGGCCUCCCACCAGUACUACUGCUUCGACCCAGCUCGUUCUCCAGAGUGUUCCACCUGCUUCGACCUUCAAGGACACCUUCACUUUGCAGGCCUCCUUCCCCCUGAACACCAGUUUCCAAGAGGGCCAGGUGACAGCACCGGGGACCCCACUGAUUCUCAGUGGCCUCCCCCAACUUCUGGCUGGGGCUAACCGUCCAACCAACCCAAGGCCACCCUCGGUCACAGGUGCUGGACCAGCAGGGCCCAGCUCUCAGCCCCCUGGGACUGUGAUUGCUGCCUUCAUCAGGACUUCUGGCACUACAGCAGUCCCUGGGGUCAAGGAGGGGCCACUGAGGUCCCCCUCGUAUGUGCAGGGCAUGGUGACUGGGGCCCCCAUGGAGGGGCUGCUGGUUCCUGAAGAGACCCUGAGGGAGCUCCUGAGAGAUCAGGCUCGUCUUCAGCCACUUCCAACCCAGAUAGUUUCAUGGGGUUCCCACAAUCCGAGCCUUAUGGGAAACCAGACUUUCUCUCCUCCCAGCCGCCCCACUGUUGGGCUGACCCCGGUGGCUGAACUCGAGCAGUCCUCAGGCUCAGGGUCCGUGUGUGUGGCUGAGCCUAGCGUGCCCACAUCUGGGAGCCGGCUGACCCGAUCUCCAACCCAGGCCCCCUUCUCCCCUUUCAACCCCACUUCCCUUAUUAAGAUGGAGCCCCAUGAAAUAUAAACGAAGGGGUCAGAAGAAGUGCGAUCUGCCAGGCGAAGCUGAGCAGCACUUUGAUGAGGACCGAUUUAAGUAGCACACCUGCCCUGACGUUUCAGUAGGAUGCCAGCACGCCUGUCCCCCAGCCCUGCCCGGCGUCACAGUGGCCAAGCUAUGCCCAAUUUGAGCAUCCCUGGCGUCAGACCAUGGCCUUCAAGAGCACU